AUGAAUGGCGCCGAUGCCGUUCCUUCCGACGACCCCAAAACCCCGCUUCUACCGGUCCACGACCCGAAUCCCAGCCCGUCGGGCUCCGACUCGUUCCUAAAAUCCCUUUUCAACAUGAAAAGCUUCUUCAUCCUUCUCGGCCCGAUGCUGUGCACCGUCGUCUGCCUCACCGUCAGGCUCGACGGCGUCGGCGGGUCGUCCAGUCGGAAUAUGCUGGGGGUCCUGGCGUGGGUGUUCACCUGGUGGAUGACUGAGGCGGUGCCGAUGCCCGUAACCUCCAUGUCGCCCCUCUUCCUCUUCCCGCUCUUCGGGAUCUCCACCGCCGACGAAGUGGCGCAUUCGUACAUGGAUGACGUUAUCACGCUUGUUUUGGGGAGUUUCAUACUCGCGCUCGCCGUCGAGCACUACAACAUACACCGGCGAUUAGCUCUCAAUAUAACCCUGCUAUUCUGCGGCGAUCCCCUGAGCCCGCCGCUGCUGCUGCUGGGCAUUUGCGGGACCACCGCGUUCGUGAGCAUGUGGAUGCACAACGUGGCGGCCGCCGUUAUGAUGAUGCCGGUGGCCACGGGGAUCCUGCAGCGGCUGCCGGUGGGGCCCGCUCAGCCGGUGCUCGUCUCCAUGUUCUGCAAGGCGGUGGUGCUCGGGGUGAUUUACUCGGCGGCGGUGGGUGGUAUGAGCACCCUCACGGGGACAGGUGUCAACCUCAUACUGGUUGGGAUGUGGAAGAGCUAUUUCCCGGAGGCCCGCCCCAUCAGCUUCAACACGUGGCUGUUUUUCGGCUUCCCACUUGCCUUGGUCAUCUUUGUUGCCUUGUGGGCCAUACUCUGCUUGCUCUACUGCAGGAAGGGAUCUGGACCGGCGUUAUCGGCGUAUCUGGACAAGGCCCAUUUGAGGAGGGAGCUUGAUUUGCUCGGUCCAAUGGCAUUUGCAGAAAAGAUGAUUUUAGCUAUAUUUUCGAUUCUAAUACUACUCUGGAUGACAAGGAACAUAACCGACGACAUACCCGGCUGGGGAUCCCUCUUCAACGGCCGCGCCGGCGACGGCACUGCCAGCGUGGUGAUGGCGACGCUUCUAUUCAUAAUCCCAAACAGGAAGAGCCCGCGAGAGAAGCUCAUGGACUGGAACAAGUGCAAGAAGAUCCCGUGGAACAUCGUCCUCCUCCUCGGCGCGGGCUUCGCCAUAGCCGAAGGGGUCCGCACUAGCGGGCUGGCUCAAUUCCUAUCCGAGGCCCUCGACUUUCUGGAGGCCACCCCUUAUUGGGCCGUGGCCCCCGCCGUGGGCCUCGUCAGCGGGACCAUGACGGAGUUCAUGUCCAACAACGCGGCGUGCACUAUGGUGGUCCCCCUCCUCAUCCAGAUCGCCCGCACAAUGGGCCUCCACCCGCUCCUCCUCAUGGUCCCGGGGGCCAUCGGGGCCCAGUUCGCGUUCCUCCUCCCGACCGGGACCCCAUCAAACAUCGUCGGCUUCACGACGGGACACAUCGAGAUCAACGAUAUGUUGAUGGUCGGGGCACCGCUGAAGGUCGCUGGCAUACUCGCCCUGUCCGUGUUGAUGCCCACACUCGGGGCCUUUGUUUUCAGGACAAACGAGCCGAUGCUGAACUUUUGGGGGACGUAG